GGCUCAUCGCCAACACGGAAGUGCCCGCCUCACUGUGGGCAUCGUUCUGUCGGACUGAGGAGGACCGCUGUUGUUUGGGUUCUUGUUAACUUUUUAACAUCGUCUUAUCACCGCAAUGUUUUCACCGAGGAUGUUGUUGCUGCGGUCUUGUGCAUCUUUGACGACCAGGCAUCUGUGUACGGGCCCAAGGAAGGGAAGGGCACCAGACAUGGUUGAAGGAAACCCGCUCUUGCACGUGUCAAAUGUGCGAAACAGGCUGAGAGAAAUUGUGGGAGCUUCCACCAACUGGAGUGACCACCAGCAAGCCAUGGCGGAGCGCGUCAGCCUCUCCUCCAUGUUGGCCAAGUCCCAAAGCGACCUUCCCAUCAAGAGCAUGAAGGACAGCUUCCUGGAGGUCCACUUACCUCUGGGCUCUGAGCCACAGCUCAGAGAGAAGUACCUGACCUUUCACAACACCGUCAGGUUUGGACGCAUCCUGGAGGAUUUGGACAGUUUAGCAGUGCUCAUCUCCUACUCACACACGUACAAUCCAGCCCUGAAGAGGUCGCCAUUGUCUAUUGUCACCGCCCUGGUGGACAAAAUAGAUAUGAGGCAGCAGGUCAUCUAUCCCGACUGCGACAUCAAGUUCACCGGUCAUGUGACGUGGGUGGGAAAGACCUCCAUCGAAGCCAAGAUGCACAUGACGCAGUAUCGAGAUGGAGCUUAUUGUCCGGUGCUGGAUGCGACGUUUGUCAUGGUGGCUCGAGAUCCAGAGAACAAAAGAGCGGCGUUUGUCAACCCACUGAGGCCAGAAGGUCCCGAAGAAGAGGAAAUCUUCCAGCAGGGAGAAGCUAACAAGUCUCGCCGCGUGGAACUGAGCACCGCAUCCCUCCUGAAGGUGGCUCCCACGGCCGAGGAGAGAAAAAUAGUCCACAGCCUCUUCCUCAACACUCUGGACACCAAGACGGUCAGCUUCCGCAGCCGAGUGUUGCCUCCCAGCUCGGUGUGGAUGGAAGACGCGAAGCUCAAAGGGCUGGAGAUCUGCCACCCUCAGGAGAGAAACAUCUUCAACAGGAUCUUUGGUGGCUUCCUCAUGAGGAAGGCCUACGAGCUGGGCUGGGCCAACGCCUGCUCCUUUGGCGGGUGUCGCCCCAGCCUGGUGGCCGUCGAUGACAUUCUCUUCCAGAGGCCCGUGGAGAUCGGCUCCUUGCUGAUGCUCUCGUCACAGGUGUGCUACACGGAGGGGAAGCACAUCCAGGUCAGAGUUCACAGUGAAGUCUUCGACCCGCUCACACGGCAGCACAACACCACCAACGUCUUCCACUUCACCUUCGUGUCGGACCGCGACGUUCCCAGCAUCGUCCCUCAGACGUACGGAGAGUCCAUGUUGUACCUGGACGGGAAGCGCCACUUCAACCUAACGGUGGAGCAAUGACGGAGCACCUUCAUACAUUAGUGUCCUGUUGUUUACAUCGUUUGCCUCAAUGGGAACAUGCUUUACAUCCACGUUACUGACUUCCUUUUCUUCUCGCUGUUUGGACGUGACCGGUCAGCAUCUACUUCCUCAUACACGACACCUGACUGACUUUACGCACUGCUUUCAUUUUUCUAUAUAUUUAUAUUCCACCUUGACUCUGUUACAUUCUUCACUUGGCUGCUGGUGUACUUUUAUAUUUGCUAUUAAGUUGUGUACAAUGCAAAUAAAUGGAUUCACCUCA